AUGAAGUCCGAGUUCCUGCUGUCCUUGGCCCUCCUGGGGUUUCUGAGUGUGGAUCCAGGAUUGGCUCAGAGAGGCGACGCUGAGACGACGGCCAAAAAUCUGGAAAAUGCAGAUCAGUACGGAAAGGCCAUUGAAGAUCUGGAGGCCAGGCUGAACGAGACGGUGGAUGAGCUGUCCAGACAGAAAAUCCACACCGAGGAGCUGAAGAAGGAAAAUGAAGACAUUAAAAGCAGACUGGAGGCAACAGAGAAGGACAUCGAGAAGCUGAAACAGACAGCUCAUCGGAUCGCAUUUUCCGUCUCUCUGGCAAACUCCAGUGAGGUUUACAGAGGGCCGUGCUCAGACAAGACUCUGAGCUUCACCCGGGUCUUCUCCAACACCGGGGAUGGUUAUGAUCUCAAUACAGGGAUCUUCACGGCGCCCGUUAGCGGCCUCUACUUCUUCACCUUCAGCACCUACGGCUACAACACCCACACCACCGGAGCCAUCUUACUGAAGAACGGCGUGCGGCAGGUUUCCACCUACGACAGCCCCACGGCCGACGGCGCCGACAGCGGCGCCAACGCCGCCGUCCUGCGGCUGGACGAGGGCGACAAGGUCCACCUGGAGCUGUGGGACGACGGCCAGGUGUUCGACAACCUGAACGGACACACGACCUUCAGCGGGUUUCUGCUUUUUCCCGCAUAA